CACACUGUACAUGCGUCCCAUUAACCAACGCAACCGGACCUUGGAGAAGGUCGCGUUCUACCACAUGAACAUCCUAUACCAACGCCAGUUGUCCUUUAUGAAGCCUGACGGGAGUUUCAGCCUGUUCCGAAGUGACUGGAACCAAUCAGCUUCGAGCGUGUGGCUGACCUCGUUCUGCGCCAAGAUCUUCCAGGACGCCUCCUUCAACGAGUGGGAGAACUUCAUCUAUAUCGACCCGGAUGUAAUCUCGCAGGCGGUAUCCUGGGUGCUGGAGCACCAGACGCCGGCCGGCGCGUUCUACGAGGUCACGUGGAUGCCGGACCGCAACCAGAACUCCACCAUCAAUGUCCCAAAGGACAACCCGCAGAUCAGGGAGAUGGUGGGGAUAGGAGGAGUCAGGGAUGUGUUCGGGUCUACUGCAACUGAGAUAAACAACACAAUAAUACUACAACGGAACAUCACGUUGACUGCUCAAGUGGUCAUCACCCUCGAAACCGUCAAGAACCUCAAGGACAUUGGUGUCAGAGAGGGUCUCUCCGCCCGCGUGUCGCAGGCCCAGCAGCGCGCCGUGUCGUGGCUGGAGCAGCACCUGAAGCUGCUGCAGGACUUCGGCGACCCUUACUCCAUGGCCGUGGUGGCGUACGCGCUCACCGUGGCUAAGGCCUCCAGCUCCGAGCACGCCUACAAGCUGCUCAAGGGCUUCCAGCGAGCUGAAGGUGGACUAGUGUACUGGGGCAAAGAGCGCGUCCCGCAACCCCCCUUCAAGAUGGAGAACCAGAAGCCUUUCUUCCUGCCCCGGCUGCCAUACAAAUACGAUUCAUACAACAUCGCGGCCACCGCGUACGCGCUGCUCGCGUGUAUGGACCAUCAGGACAACAACGAGGCUAUCGUCAUGUGGCUCAACUCGAUGAGGCUAACGGACGGCGGGUGGGCUUCCACUCAGGACACAUACGUGGCUCUACGCGCGCUGAUCGAGUACACGAACCGCAAGCGUCUCCGCGACGUGUCGGCGCUCACCGUCACCGUGGACGCCGUCGCGCUGCAGGGCGCCUCGCGCGUGCUGCACGUCGAGAACAACAACCUCGCCGUCAUGCAGUCCAUCGACAUCCCGGAAGCCUGGGGAACGGUGAAAGUGGAGGCCCGCGGCGCCGGCUACGCCAUCCUGCAGAUGUCCGUCACGUACAACGUGGACAUCCCGCGCUUCCAGACCGAGCCUCCAGUCCGCGCCUUCUCGCUGCUGGCGCACGCGCACUUCUACGGGCGGAACCAGUCGCACAUCGAGUACCAGGCCUGUGCUAGCUGGACUUACCUAGAAGAGUCCCCCCGCUCCGGCAUGGCGGUGCUCGACGUGGCCAUCCCGACCGGCUACAUGAUCCAGCAACAACGGCUGGACGCCUACGUGCUAUCUCGCCGAGUGGCGCUGCUCCAGCGAGCCAAGUAUCUGCCCACCCAGCUGCUGUUCUACUUCGACUACUUGGACUCUGAGCCUACGUGUGUGAACUUCACGAUCGAGCGCUGGUUCCCGGUGGCCAAUAUGUCGCGCUUCCUGCCUAUUCGAGUCUACGACUACUAUGCGCCCGAGCGCUACAAUGAGACAAUCUUCGACGCGCUUCCUACCUACCUGCUCAACAUCUGCGAAGUAUGCGGCUCCUCGCAGUGCCCGUACUGCUCCAUAUAUAACGCUGCGACACGACCCGCCGCCGCCUUCACACUACUGCUCGCGCUAUUCACUGUGGCCAGACACAUACGGGGUAUUGGCACGUAACACGUAUAGGAAAUAAUAGGUACUUGCACCAUCAAAUAAUCGACCAUAUGUAAACUUUGAAGGAGAUAUGGUUUAUCGAUAGUCAAAGGCCACUUGCGCGUUCCAGGGUUAGUCAACUAACUCGGAGGUAACCAUUUAUACAGGGUUAAACUGUACCGUAUAAACGGUUAACUUCUAGUUACUUGGCUAACCCUGGAACGCGCAAGUGGCCGUUGGUGUUUUUUAGAACAUUUAUGUUAUUUGGAGUAAAUGUGAUCGGCAGUAAAUGAGUUAGAUCCGAUAUAGUAGUGUUUGGUAUUUAUGUAAAGGUGACACGUUCUAAUUUGAUAAAUAGAUCCCUUUUAUAUGAAAUACUGUAUGAUUAAGCUUGAAAAUGUUUUAAAGUCUCCAGGGAUAAACAUUUGUGGUCUACCUCCCCAUAAACUGUUAACUGCUGAUAAGAUUUAUCAGUAAUAUUACAGAUUUUUUUACAAAUGAUGUUAUGUAGCAGUAGCACUACUAAAAAGUAGUAAAUAUCUCAUGAUGGUAUCUCAUGCAUGUAUGAAUAAAUACUUAGAUGAGCUCAGUGAAUUAAUUGCCUGUAUUCUGUGCCUGUGACUGUAUUUGAAUCUCAAGGAGUUUAUCAAUGUGUAAUAAUUUAUGAAGUAAAAAAUACUACUUAUAUUUCAUUGUCCAGUAAAACAUCACCAAUACUGUACUUAUUUUCUUUUCUAUGUAUAAAAUACAAUGUUCACAUUUUGUAAUGUGUAAUAUUUUAUGUAAAAAAUAUAGAUUUAAGAUUGCAACCAUAUCAACAUAUUAUUUUUUCAUAUGUAUUGGCAGCUAAUUGUACCAAGGCAGUUGUUUUAAUAUGACUAUGAACUGCAUUUAUAACCUUUGAUUAAUGUUAGUUUAGAAUAGAAUCUCUUUGUUAUUGUAUAGUUUAGAUGAUUUUUAUUAACCACCGUUUGAAAUUAGCUUAAUAAUCUUUUUAAAUUUCCUUUUGCUGUACUAAACUACUAUACCUUCAGUAUACUUUUGUCUGAAAGUAUUCCUAUAAAAAAAGACGAUUUUCUUUUCCUGUGUACUUGUCUUUGUAGACGUAAGAAAUAUUGCCUGACCUGGCUUUACCCGACUGUCCUAUUCAUUCCAAAAUAUUUCGUAGUUAGACUUAAUCACAAUCAGACUAGCCAUAGUUUGUAUUUUCUUGUUUACGCUCCGUGAUUGCUGAGCCAUUUAGGGUUCUAUCUAAAUUAGGCAUUCCACAGCAUAAGUAUUGACGAACCAGUUUAGCUAGGACCCUAAAGGGCUCAACAAUUGCGGAGUGUGAUAGUCCAUCUGUACAUACCAGUCAAUGUGAAUGUUUUUUCACGGCCAUCAACAUCUUGAAGUUUCUCGUUUUUCACACAUUAUCAAAUUUGUAUCAUUACAUUUGUAGGUAUUAAUACUUGCUUUUUUUUCUGCCGAUGGUCUUUUCAUUGGUGCUCUCGGCAUUUAUUUAUUUCUUUUCAUUUUAACUUUGAAGACUCCAGAUACCUAUUAUAUUUUUGUAAUGCAACAUAUCUGAAUUGAACAUUCUAAAACUUCUAAAUUGAGAGAAAUAGUUUAAAAGAUUUUUAAUAUGUAGCAUAAAAUGCAACCUUGCCUUUUGGACAGAAAAUUGAUGGCAUUACAACCAAUUUAAUGUGUAUGUAUAUAAUUUUAGACCUUACUGUGUAUGCUUAGAUGUAAGAAUUAUUUUAUUCUUUUCCCUUUGUCAUUAUGACAAAUGAAAACAUUGCAAUACUGAAUCACAUGUCAAUAACAUUGCCUUGUUAGUUUUGUAUGAAAAUAUAAUUAAAUCACAAAAUAUUUUUGUAGUGAAUUAAAAUUACGGAGUUAUUGUAGACAUAAAUGUAGGUAGUUUGUUUGUGAUCAUUUGAUGUAAAAGUUCUAAUCAAACUAAAGACAAUAUAAAGAUGGAAUGUUAUAAUGCAAAGUUGAUUGUACAAAAUGUAAUCUCCCGUCCAGGUAUAUCUCGUCAAAUAUAAAAUAUAUUUAAUAUCAUAUUAUGGAAUGAAUCUCAAGCUUCAUAAUGUUACUUAAGUAGUUUCCGUCCAAAUUACCAAUGACUGAUUUUUUAUUAUUUUUUAUAUGUAUUUGUGUCUAAGUUGUACAUGUUUAGUAGGAAUGAAAUCUCAAUUUAGACUUUAAAGAUUUAUUUCCAAAUAAAAACCUUGUGCAAAAUAUCU